AUGGCCGCCGCAACCCCAGCAUCGUCCUCAGCAACGGCCUCCUCCCUCACCCCUACGUCAAACCCCUCCACCUCAGCCUCCUCCACCACAUCAACCACCCCCCAGCCCGUCAUCUGCGUCUUCUGCGGCGCCAACUCCGGCACCUCCCCCUCCCACCUCGCCGCCGCCCGCUCCCUCGCCCAAGCCCUGCACGCCAACAACAUGCGGCUCGUCUACGGCGGCGGGACCGUCGGGCUCAUGGGCGAAGUAGCACGCACGCUCGUCUCCCUGAGCGGGCCCACCUCCGUCCACGGCAUCAUCCCCACCGCGCUCGUGAAAUACGAGCAAAACGCCGACACCUCCGACCCGACCAAACACAACAUCGACGAACAGAUCUACGGCCGCACGACCGUGGUGAAGGACAUGCACACGCGCAAAGCGAUGAUGGCGACCGAGGUGAUCGAGGGCGGCCCGGGGGGCGGGUUCGUCGCGCUCAGCGGCGGGUACGGCACGCUGGAGGAGCUGAUGGAGGUCGUGACGUGGAACCAGCUGGGGAUCCAUGGGCGGGGCGUUGUCGUGUUUAAUGUGGAUGGGUACUGGGAUGGGUUGAUCCAGUGGGUUAGGACCGCGGUGAGUAGCGGGUUUAUUGCGCCGACGAAUGCGGGGAUUUUGGUCGAGGCGCUCAGCGCGGAGGAGGCGUUGGUUUGUUUGAGGGAGUAUAGGUGUGCGGAGGGGAGGUUUAAUUUGGAUUGGGGCGAGCAGUGA